CGGCUGCGGCCGCAACCGCGGGGGCGUCCAGCGCGUCGAGGGGAAGCUCCGCGCCAGCGUGGAGAAGGGAGACUACUACGAGGCACACCAGAUGUACCGGACGCUGUUCUUCAGGCUUUUGUAGGUUGGAUCUCACUUCUUCAGGUGCAUCUGACAAAGUGGACUCCAGCUUGUCAAAAUUCAUGCAACAGUAAAUCUGUUAGUCCUUAUUUGGAGGUACAUGUCACAGGGCAAACACGUGGAAGCCAGGGAGCUUAUGUAUUCAGGGGCUCUGCUAUUCUUCAGUCAUAAUCAACAGAACAGCGCUGCUGAUCUAUCCAUGCUAGUUCUCGAGUCUUUGGAGAAAUCAGAUGCCAAAGUGACAGAUGAGCUAUUAGAGAACCUGGCAAAAAUGUUCAGUCUGAUGGAUCAAAACUCACCUGAAAGAGUAGCUUUUGUAUCCAGAGCACUGAAGUGGUCCAGCGGUGGAUCGGGGAAGCUGGGACAUCCAAAAUUACACCAGUUGCUGGCUAUCACUUUAUGGAAAGAGCAGAACUAUUCUGAGUCUCGCUAUCACUUCCUGCACUCCACAGACGGGGAAGGUUGCGCGAAUAUGUUGGUAGAAUAUUCCUCAGCCAAAGGAUAUCGCAGUGAGGUGGACAUGUUUGUGGCUCAGGCUGUGUUACAAUUCCUCUGCUUGAAAAACAAAACUAGCGCAUUGGUGGUUUUUACGACGUACACACAGAAGCAUCCUUCCAUAGAAAGUGGGCCGCCCUUUGUACAGCCCUUGCUUAACUUCAUUUGGUUUCUGCUGCUGGCGGUGGACGGAGGAAAGCUGACGGUAUUUACAGUAUUGUGUGAACAAUAUCAGCCUUCACUGAAACGGGACCCCAUGUAUAAUGAAUACCUAGACAGGAUAGGACAGCUCUUCUUUGGUGUCCCCCCCAAGCAAACGUCAUCCUAUGGUGGAUUACUAGGCAAUCUUUUAAACAGCCUCAUGGUAGCUGGGGAAGAGGAAGAAACGGAAGAGGACCAGCCGGAGGACAGCAGCCCCAUUGAGCUGGAUUGAGUUCUUCCAGAAUCGCUUGGAAUCCGACCACGUGCUCACCCAAAACGCCACCAACAACAAAAAAAAAGACAUUGGGAACGAAUCCUGAAGUCGUUGCUCAACAGGUUAAAGGGCCCCUCUGUUAUGUUUCAAAGAAGAAGAUUGCUGAGAUGUUCAUAAUGUUUUGGUCUAUAUUAUUUAUGUAAAAACAAUGUGCUGGGGUAGCCAGGAGAACGGAUUUUGUGUGAUCAUUAGCGGACCCUUCUUAAUGCCGGCAGCAGACUGAACGGGCGCCUCCUCCGUGGUUUUUACGAGCAGUAUUUCCUCCCCUCGCAGGCCCACUAAAUAAAACCAGAACACACACCGGUUGCUUUAUAUUUUUAAAGGCUGCAGUUUUAUUUCAGCAAAUUAGCAGAGUAAGGUCUUGAUUGUCAAAAGGAGGGGGGGGAAGGGGCGGGGUGUCCUUGAAAAUUCAGGCAGCAGCUGCUCAAGAAGGUGUCCUGUAGACCUGGUGCCAAAAAACAUGGAUUUUGAGACGAGCCAAAGAAAAUUCGCUACUAAUUGAAAACCCAAGCAGGGAGGACCGAAUUCGUAUCUGUCGUUGAAAAAUGAUCCGUUUGAGGAAUCUAGGGAGAAUGGGACCCAGUGGCCCUUUAUGGAUAUGAACUGCAGCUGCAAUCCCUCUCCUAGAGAGACGAUCUAUUUGCCUGAACAUCCAGCCGUCUCACAGCAGCCCUGCCCAAACCGCUACGUUCUGGCUGAUGAAGAACGCAUGCACAUAUUAGAAGCAGAGCGAUCCUUAGGUGAAGGGGAUGCUGUGGACCUUUGGGUUCUUACCAUUAUUUAUUUUGAUGGGAUGAUUUGUUGAUCCAUUUUAACACUUCAUGUACAAAUAAAGAACAAAAUUACCAGCCGCUACAAAAACCACUCGCUAGGCUUCGCGUGACUCUACAUCUCGUCUCAGUGAACGCACACAACACCAGGCGUUAGCCGUACGAUUAAAAGAUGCAAUGGAGGAGGGAACACUUUAUUUUUUCACAUUAAAAAAAAAAGGCUUAGAUUAAUACAGUGAUCAUGCAUGAAAGGAGAAUAAUACAUUUUUAUUUACUGUAAAAAAAAAAAGAUGAAUUUGUGUUAAUUGUUGAGUAUAAAAUAAAUACUUUAUACUGGGA